UAUAUUGUUUCAGCAAAGGACUGCAAAAUAUCCGUGGAAGGUCUGGAAUACAGAGGGAACAUUUCAGUGACUGUUUCCGGUAAAUCAUGUCAGAGAUGGGACAGCCAGACUCCCCAUGCACAUAGAUACGCUGAUCGACUUCCGGGGAACGCCAGUGAACACGAAAAUUACUGCAGAAAUCCAAAACCUUGGACAAAAGCUACUCCAUGGUGCUAUACAAUUGACCCCGAUACAAGAUGGGAGCUUUGUCAUAUUCCAUUCUGUGCGAGGGACUGCAAAAUAUCCGUGGAAGGUCUGGAAUACAGAGGGAACAUUUCAGUGACUGUUUCCGGUAAAUCAUGUCAGAGAUGGGACAGCCUAACUCCCCAUCCACAUAGUUACGCCGUGCGACUUCCGGGAAACGCCAGUGAACACGAAAAUUAUUGCAGAAAUCCAAAACCUGGGACAAAAGCUACUCCAUGGUGCUUUACAAUUGACCCCGAUACAGAAUGGGAGCUUUGUCAUAUUCCAUUUUGUGGUAAUGAAUUACUCAAAUGUUGA